AUGGAUGUGGCAAGAUUCAAGUAUCCACCUCACUGGGUGGAACUUAAGCAGCUCCAAAAAGCCAUGUGUUCUAUAGAUCCCUCCACAAGGAAGACAAGAGGAUACGUAAUGUUGGAACUACGAUCGAAAACUCGGCCGCUCGUUGCGUUCACUCUGAAAGCAAGUCCUCUAUGCAGCACCGAAUCGGAUGUAAGAUGUUUAUAA